GUGGGGCGGCCCUGUGAGGGGACGGGGAAGGGCUGGCGGAGGCGUUGGGCUGUGGGGGGCGAUGCCGCGUUUGUGUAUCGCCGGGGAGCACGGCCGGGGUCUGCGGGCUUUGCUGUGGGCGAAGCGCGGUUGACGUGCGGCGGGGACCGACAGGAGGGACGGCAGGUAUUUGGUUCAAAAUCAGUGGCCUGAGACUAUGGACUAUUAUGGCAUAAGUCUGAUUUACAAUACUACGCAUAUCUUCAGCAAGCUCAAGCUUUUUACACGUUUCCAUUCCAUCAAAUGAUGACUGCCGUGCCUAACGUGGAAGUCAUGGCUGAGCAGCCGACUCUAGAGGGCAUUCCAGAGCCAAACCUUGCUCAGGAGCCUCCUAAAGAAGUUAAAAAAGGAGGAAGGAAAAGAAAAGCCAAAGCAACUGAGCCAAAGCAACCCAAAAAGCCUGCUGCUAAAAAAGAAAAAACAGCCAAGUCAAAAGGCAAACAAGAAAAGAUCACAGAUACUUUUAAAGUCAAGAGAAAAGUGGACCGUUUUAACGGUGUAUCUGAAGCGGAACUUCUGACCAAGACUUUGCCUGAUAUUUUGACCUUUGAUCUGGACAUUGUAAUAAUUGGCAUAAACCCCGGCUUGAUGGCAGCUUACAAAGGACAUCAUUACCCUGGACCUGGAAACCAUUUUUGGAAGUGUCUAUUCAUGUCCGGUCUAAGUAACGAACAGCUGAACCAUAUGGAUGACCACACCUUGCCACAUAAAUAUGGGAUUGGAUUUACAAACAUGGUUGAAAGGACAACACCUGGAAGCAAAGACCUCUCCAGCAAAGAGUUUCGGGAAGGAGGGCGAAUUCUGAUGCAGAAGUUACAAAAGUAUAAACCUCGUAUAGCAGCUUUCAAUGGAAAAUGUAUUUAUGAAAUUUUUAGUAAAGAAGUUUUUGGAAUAAAAGUUAAGAACCUGGAAUUUGGACUGCAGCCACACAAGGUGCCAGAUACAGAAACUCUCUGCUACGUUAUGCCAUCAUCCAGUGCAAGAUGUGCUCAGUUUCCUCGCGCGCAAGAUAAAGUUCAUUAUUACAUAAAGCUGAAAGACUUAAGGGAUCAGCUGAAAGGCAUCGCACCAAACACAGAGGUGCAGGAGGUGCAGUACACGUUUGACUUGCAACUUGCACAAGAGGAUGCUAAAAAGAUGGCUGUCAAAGAAGAAAAAUAUGAUCCAGGUUACGAAGCAGCGUAUGGAGGAGCUUACUGUGACCGUGCACCGUAUGAAAGCGAACAGUGCCAUUUCUCUUCAAAUGGAACUGCAGCGGAUCCACAGUACUGUGAAGGGUCGUCCUUUGGUGAAGUUCCUAAUGGACAAUGGAUGACCCAGUCCUUUGCAGACCAGAUUCCAGAGUUCAGUGCUGGUUUGACACGGGAAGAAGAGGGAAGCAGCGCCUAAGAGCCGUUUCUUCUCGGCCAUCCAUACAUGCUGCAGUUUUAAUGCAGUGAUCAAGAUUGGUACCUCGGUUCUCCAACUGAAGCAUAUUAAUAGUAUUUUAUCUCCACUAGGUAUUUUAUUAUAGUCCGAAAUAAGUGUGUGGUAGGCUCAAAUCAAUGAACUAGAGAAUUUUAAGAAACUGUCCAGACUUUUUAAAAAAAAGUUAGCCCUUUUUUGUAUAUGAGUUUUAUAUGUAAUGUAUACCACUUCUUGUCUUUUUUGACAAAUUGUUUUCUCAUUUGUGAAGAUUUCUUUGGGGCGUUAAUUUUAUUCCAUAGAUCGUAAUGUAGUAGUAGCAGCAGCAGUAUAUACUUUUUACUGAUGCCUCAAAAUUUGGAUAAUCUCAUAAUCCUUUUCUAUCCAAAGGGGAAAAUGAGAAGUGCACCCUUAUCUUACAUGAAGUGGUGAUUUUAAUCAUGCACAGUUAAGCAAAUGGUGCUUUUUAAGUCUGCCUUUUACCUUACAAAGUGCAGAAAGUUGUGUUCUGCAGCUGUGAGUAACGAAUAUUUUCUGGGUGGGAUGAGAGAGCUCUGUCUGUAGUGAUUGGACCCUAUCUGGGAUUAAGGGAGUGGAGACAUCGUCUCAAGUCACAGCACUGGGGGGGAAAAUUUGUGUUGCAUGGGACAGGCCCUAAAUAUGCUAGCAGAGCUGUUUUAGGGUAAGGUGUCCCUGCCACUCCAUCUCUUUCCCCCUUAAAUUCCAAUGUAAGGAACUGGAAUUCCUUAUAAACAAAGGGUGGUUCUUGAAUUCUGUGGCAUUUAAACUCUCAGUUAUUUCUGUGUGAUUAGCCUCUUCACCUGGCCUUUGACCAGGAGACAAGCCCUUUGAAAAUAUUACAUUGCAGGGAACAGAAGGGCCUUCUCUGUAAAAAUCACGUACAGCUACAUUGUUUACAUCAGGUGCAGUUAGAACAGGGUGAAGGAGGUUUGUGGUUUAGCAGUUGUUAACAUUCAGUUCUCUUCAAUCUCUAAGACCUUGGAGGGUGUUCUUGUUCCUCUUACAAGGAAAAAUCACUAAGUUAAACAUAAGGGGGCAGCAGUUCCGUGACUAAGAAGUCAGCUGUAGAAAGUACCGCUCUUUUCUGAGGAGCUUGCUUAAAUGAGACACACUUUUGGUCACGAUUAGUGAAUGAGAAAGAACUGAGAUUCCAUGCUUGUGCCUGACCAUCUUCUUUCCCUCUUCUAUCAGGAGGGAAGAGAUGAAGUAAAAGCAAUAAGCUGAUCAAAGCAUGAACGUUUCGGUGAUCUUAUGACAGUAGGUGCUUCACAUACUUGAAAAAUAGAUACAAAUGGUAUCUCUGCAAUGCACGCUGGCCAGAGAUUCCCGUACUGGUGUGUUUUAUCCUUUCCUCACAGCCAGUGACAGUUGUUAAGCAUUGAGCGUAGCCAGUUAGUGUAGAUUCUAACCCUGCUGUCACAGCUGUCACUGAGAUCACGUGCAGUCGACCUGGUGUGAGGCAGGCAUGAUGUUUACAGCUUUCUUCCCAAAUUAUGUGGCUUAAUUCUGAGCGUCUUAAAUCAAGAAAGCGUGCGUUACGAUUCCGAUUGUGCUUAUUAGUGUCCAAAAGGUGUAGGAUUUGUCUUGUCUAUUAUUUAAAGUGUACUGUAUCGUGUAUUGCUGUUUACAUGGAUGUUUUCCUGCAGGUGCUCAAAGUAUCUUGCAUCAGGGAUUUGUUACAAUUCCUUUUUAUUUUUCAGCACAACUCGAAGUAUGUAAUUAGCACUGCUGAGUAUGUAGCACAGUAGGAUAUAACUACUGUAAGACUAUCCCGUUUGAUUGGAAGGGAAAGGUCUUCUUGAAUGGAGUCACCUACUAGGUUCUCUAGGUAUCAAAUACAGCAAAGUGUGCAGUGACUCUUUCACUAAAUAUUGCAAUUCUGUGUGUUCUCCCUCAGAACUGGUGCUUUUUUCAUUAUGGUAAUACAAAAGUUCUGAAUCUGUCCUAAAUCUAUCCAUGUUUCACAAUAAAAUCAGGAAUUGUA